UGAAAUGUUUCAUUUUGGUUCUGCUCCACCAAAAAAGUUGGAAAUCACUGAGUUAUACGCACAUGAGGUCACAAAGGAUCCAGAAAGUGAUCUACGUAAUAGAGACAGCAGUCAUACAGGUUCAGAUGAAGAAAAUGAUGAGACAGAACUUUCAGUUCUAUGGGAUCUUUCAGAAGAACUCGAACAGAAUCCAGAAAUAUUCAAGCCUAUUGUUAAAUUAUGCUGGCCUCAAGAUUCUGGACUUUGGGAAGAUGAAAAGUGGCCAUGGACAGUUUUAAACACAAUUAAUAGUAUGAAGAUGACAGAGAUGGGGAAAAAUGUUGAAAAAGCUUUUUUAUUAAUGGCUGAUUGUAUUAAUAAACCAACUGUCUGCAAAGCUGAUAAUUUGAAGGGAAUAAAUUGGAUUUCUAAAAACUCCCAAGCUCUAAGUAAACAUGGAGAGGCAAUGAAAAUCUUAUUACGAAUUUCUUGGCCUAAUGAAAAAGAAAUGUUGUCAGAAAAAUGGCUUCAUAAACUGAUUAAAAGAUCCAAGGAGGACAAAGAAACUGUUUGUAAUUUUGCAGAAGCUGCUAAAAUUAUACUUCGUUGUUUCGAGGUAGAAGCAGAAAAACCAAGUAUUGGUGUUAAAAUGAAAGAUCAAAAUAUUGUCAAAGUGAUCAUGAAAAAAACAAAAAAAAAAUUGGGUGGCAAAGAAAAAGCCAAAGCAGAUCAAAAGGAUGAUGAAGAUGAUGAAUUCAAAGAUGCCCCAUCAACUCUGAAGCAAAAUAUUGUUAAUCCUAUAAUUGAAUCAAAAUUUGACUUUAUGGAGUUUCAUGUCUUUCUCGAUGAAGUAGAAGAAAGUUUUGGUAUGUUGUGCAUGGUAGAAAAUUGCUGGCAAAAAUGGAAACCAAUCUCUAUGCAAAAAAGCAGUCCUGGCUGCUAUUUUAUACAAAUCCCUGUACUGGAUAACAUCAAAGACUUAUUGUAUAAAUAUGUUCUGAUCGGAGACAAGGAAUUCUAUGAAGUUUUAUCCAAUCAAAACAAGAAAUUUGUGAAUCGUGUGGUAAAAAUGGAACAAGGAGGAAAUGUGAUACAUGACAUGCCAAAUUUUCCGAUUGGAUUACCCACGGAUUUGCAAACAGUUGUGAAAAGAAAAUGCUGGCAUCAUUUGCCAAUACCAAAUAAAAUUUUACUGCCAUCUGAGGAAGGUUCUAAAAAAUAUUCGCUGAAUCGAGACGUUUAUGCUUGGUUGAAUUCAAUGAAAAGAGGCUGGCGAACUAAUGGUACAGAACCUGUGAUUUACAUUUCCAAUAAAAUAAUCCAUGAGUCCGCAGUACAUUGGCUUCAUGAAAUAAAUUCCUUGCCCAAACAAGAAAAGAAUUUAUUCAUUACUGUAUUAUGUGGGAUAAGCAUUUUGAUGGCUUAUGACCAACUUAAAGUGACCUUGGACAGCAGAGAACUACUUUUAACACUUUCUGAAUGUCUCAGCAUGGAUUCCCUCAGUCUUGAUCAACAAAGAAAUAUGUACAAAGAAAUAUGUCUGGCAUGGAAAUUAGAAAAAUGCAACCAAAAAUGCAACCAGAGCAUUACUUCGGCUUUUCGGUCCUUGUUCAAAGGGAUUGACAACUUGAACGAUUUGACAGUUGAAUGGAUAUUAGUAUUACCAACUUAUUGGCUUAUAUAUAACUAUGGCGAAAUACUAGAAAAACCAAGAACAACAUCUGAGAAUAUUGAAAAAUGGACUAUUAAUGCUGAGGCUUUUACUCCCUGUGAUAUGAAUAUGUUUCGCAAAAAAUGCACAUAUUUUUCGGUACAAAAAUCAAUGAUGGGAAUAUCAGAGAGAGUUUUCGAAAUCUCUAAAACUCACCCAUGGAUUACUGGAACUUUUAUUUCUAUUUUGACACCUAAAACUUUGGGUGAAAUGUUGCAGCAGCAUGAAAAGUAUAAGCUUUCACAAAAACUUCCUCUUGAUAUGAUAGUUUGUGUUAUACUCAAAGAAUGGAAAACCAAUGCAGAUAAACCAUUGAAAAAUAUCUUGGAUGCAAAAACCUACAUUGAGAGCAGAUGUCAAAGCUGUGAAAGAAAACAAAUAAAAGGAUUGUCCAAAGAAAAGCUAAAAGCACAGCAUCAAGCUGCUCUCAGAAUUUUAUCGCAAAUUGUACAAGUCGUCACAGACAUGGCAGAUUUCAAGGUCGCGGAUGACAAUAAUAAUAACAUGAUAUGGUUUUUGAAAAUGUCUAGUCACAUUGCUACAUGGUCAUGGAAUUUAGUGAAAAUUUUGGAAGAAUCAUAUGAGGAAACACGAUGCAUACUUACCAUAUUUGUGAAUGCUGCAACUACAAUUGUUGAAAAUAAUUUGAGAAAGCAUAAAGAUUGUUUUAAGUUUGUAAGCUCUGUGAUAAAUAUCUCAUGGACAGACUCAGAAUUCCAAAAGACUUGGAAAAAAGAACUAUGUUAUUACGUUGAACAAUUGUUACCGAAGAUUUGGCAGACAAAAGAAGAUGAUGGAUUUUUAAACUUUUUUGAAAGAAGCAUGCCAAAAUUACAAAUUGUUGAUGAGCUCAAUGAACUGCUUGAAAAGUAUGCUUCAAAAUGUUGUGAAGAUUUCCUUCAAACUACACAGCAUAAAAAUGGGGACCAUUCUACAAAAGAGAAUGCUUCGGACUUUGUUAGACAAAAGUCAAAGCAAAUGCUGCAGAAGAUGAAAUUUCCAUUGUUGGCAGAUAAGUUUGGGAGGAUUCUUGUGAAAAAGUUUGACUUGUGGCAUUCACAUCAGUCUAGCAAGGAUAUUCCGGAAUAUUCUAAAACCGUUGAAUUUCUCUCUAGCUGGCCGUUUGCAAUGCCAAUUUUUAAUCAUUUCUAUUCUUCCACCAUGCAAAACGAAAAAUUGGGCAAUAAGCUGACUAAAAUAGAUGAAUGCAUCAUUGAAAUUAUGCAAAAUACUAAUGAUGUCAUUGGUCUUUUCAAAUCUGGUAAACUCAACAUCAGCAUGAUAGAAAUGUUCAUUGAUAAUUGUGGCAAUCUUUUUGAAAUAAAUUCUACAAUAAACAAGGAACCAAGACAUGUUUCCAAUCAUGAUAAUAUGUCAUCGGUUGAUCACACUCUUGAGGAACAUGUUCGUAAUCGUAAAAAACAAAUUGACGCCAUAUCAUUAUCAUACAAAUUCAUUGUGGAAUUCAUGGAAUUAUGUGCUUUGCUAAACAAUGAGAAAAUACAAAUGGAUAUGGAUACUUUAGGGAGUUUUCUCCACAAACCUUCUUCACUGCUGGCAUCUGUAAUCGAUUUGUAUGACAUUCCUGAAAACCCAAAUCAAGGAAUUCAUUCAUAUGGAAAUAUGGGAGGCGCAAUUGCUCAAAGAUUGUAUCAAAUUUCAUCUAUAAAGGGGAGUGAAGUUUUUCUAAAAAUGUGGGUUGCUAAAGGCCAAGACAUUUUCAUUGAUGCUGACUGUCAUCAUAUAAACAAAAAAAAGAUUGUAUCUUGGAAAAUGGCUCUGUUUGAACUAUGGAAUAAAGUUCAGAAAGACCUUGAGAGUGUGUUUUUCGAUAUACAAAAAGGCUCGUUGACGAUUUCUCAUGUACUUCAUUGGUUUCGUUUUGCAAUGGACACAGAUAAUCCUAGAGCGGCUGUGACUAAAGAAGUUGACAAAAUUAAGCUUGCAUGUGGAAAGUCAGAUGAAAAUUUGACGUUGAAAGCCAAGUGUCGAAAGAUAUGUGACAUUCUUAAAGCAAAAUUACGUGAAGACUUUGCUGAUCUCAUUUAUGAAGCUCAGAACUGUCUGGAAUUAAAUGAUCAGUUUCAAGAACUACAGCAAGUUCAGAAAGUUGAGGAAGAUAUGGGAAACACUCUCAAUCAGUUCAAAAAAGAAAGCAAUUAUGAGUUUCUAAAUUUGACCUCAAGAAAUGUUGCAGUUUUAAGAGCAUUUCUGAAUCAGCAAGAAUUAUUUAGAUGGCUCAAACUCAAUAUGCAAGAUAGAAGAGGUGUGAAAGUAUUUUGUGAUUUGGGAAUGAUAUCAGCUGGGGAAAGUGCGUACGAGGUUGACAAAGUAUCUUGUUUGCUUAGUGCUGUAAUUGGUUUUUCACCACUUAUAUUUGAUGUAUCUGAAGAUGUUAGUCUCGAAGACUUUGUAAAGUUGUGUGAAGAAGUUGGUACAAAUUAUGCAAAGGAUGCAAAUUUAAUACAAAACUGGAACGACACAAGUAAUAGGUUGGAAUGGUUUGAAAUGAUUUGUAAUUUGCAUGGAUCAGUUGAAAAUCAAAGUCUAAUGCAAGUUCAAGAAAUCAAUAAAUGUGGAAUUUAUGUCAUAAAGAAGCCAAACAAAGGGAAUAUAGAUAUGAACAAUUGCGUUCAAUUGGUAUUAUCUGGUUCAAUGGGAAAAGAAGGGAAAGAAGAAAAAAAAGAGAAAAUUCUUGCUUUAAAUGAUCUCAUAGAUCUUCAGUCUAAAUUGAUGCUUAUUGCUGGCGAAUCUGAUAAAGGACAAGAAGAUGUUGCGAGAUUCAAUGAAGUAUUGAUGGCAGUUGAAACUUUUACAAAAGCUUUUGUGGAUUUAUUGAAUAUGGGUUGCAUGCUGUUUGACGAUUUCAAUGCAAAAUUCAUAUGUGGGAAUCAUGAAAAUGAAAUUUCAGAUGAAAUCUUAAUGAUUAUUCAUUUUGCUGAAGAUGCCCCACCACUGAGUCAAACUGGAACUAUUAAGGAUAUUCAAAGUAUUGCACAAGUGCUUAUGAAGGCUUAUGAAGACUGGAUAUUGCGAAUUGAUGAUUUAAGAAACACCUAUUAUUACCUGAAUGAAUUCAGUCAAGACCAAGUUGUAUAUCUUUGUAAGAAAUUGAUGCAAAAACAUUUGCCUGACCAGGUAUUCACAUUGCUUAAUUGUCAUUCAAUACAAGAUAUAAAAGAAGCAUUAGCUGAUUUGCAAGAAGAUGAGAUACAGAAUGAUUCUUGUUUUACCUCUAACCUUCCCUCAUCUGAAUUGGAAGCAGAAAUAGAUCCAAAUCUUAUUGAAAAAAAGGUUCAACUAGUAAAAAAAAUUGUGGAUUCUUGUGAUGAAGCCAAAUUUGACAUGACCAGAGCAGCAGUUCAGGAUUUGGGUCUGGCUGAUGAACUAGACAUUUUAACAUGGAUUUGGGAUCAUGAGAAAGAUAAGGAACUCAUAAUAAAGUUAUCUGAGGAAUUUAAAAAUGAUGAAGACUUUGCAUAUGCUGAGCAAAAUACUACAACAUAUCCACAGUUACUUCAAAACAGAGAUCAAUUCACUUUGACAGAAAUCCUUUUUCGAGCAUCUAUAUGUGAAAAAUUAGAUCCUGGAAGAGUGAUUAAAACCAUUUGCUGUGAUUACUCCGCGUUAGAGUCGAGACUCAAAGUCAAAAAUUUCCUAAACAUCAAGCAUUUAGGAAAGUUUCUUCUGAAGCUGAAAGAAAGUAUAUCAACAGCAUCAAAUAUCUGUCAAAAGCUAUAUGAUCCACUGAAGGCAGGACAGCCAAAUAUUGUGGUUUGUCCUGCAAAUGAAAUACUUAUAAGAAUUAUUUCAUUUUACAAUAACAAUCAGAAUUUGCCUCUUCCAUCUAAUUCAGAAGUUCUUUUGUGUAAUCGAAAUACUUCAGCUGACGAGGUGGAAAGAUUUCUGAAGCGUGUAAUGUUCAGUUGCAAUUUUAAAAGCCAAUUGAUACACUGCAUGGCAUGUGCUGACUAUUUGGAGGACUCCGUAUUCAGCCAUUUGCAAAAAGUAUAUGAAACAUUGUCUGUAUCUGCUAAUUUAGACCAACACUAUAAAUUAGUUGUUCUGGUCAGCAAGCAAAAGCAUCCUAUCAUAACAUACUUUGAUAAGUAUAUCAUAGAACUGAAAUCUCAUUUGGACAAAAACGAAAUUUCUCAAUAUCUUGCAAAGAAGUUAGUCACUUGUGAUGAUGUGAAAAAACCUUUGAUAACAAUUGUCACAUCUAAUCGUUCUGGAGUUGGAAAAUCCCUUUAUGUGCAAAGAAAAAUGGACACUCUUGGUGAUGAAUUCAACAAGACCACUAUUCGUUUAUUGCAGAAAACAAUAUCAAUUGAUCAAGUAGUGGAAAAACUCUCGAGGAACGGAGUUGUCAACAAUUCUAAACAUUUCAUUCACAUGGAUUUUACCCCAGCCAUUCAGCAUGGUGUUGAUCAGUUAGUGUUCAAUCUAUUUAUUCUUGGGAGUAUAUCAAAUAAGCACGGAAAAAUGUGGCGAAGAUAUCCACAACAUACUUACGCAAUUGAAUUGACAUCGUCAGUAGCCACUUCAUUAAAAGUUUCAGAAAAUCAAAUUUUAUCCUUAUUCCCCAAAAUUUUGUGUGUCAGUCCAAGGAAAGCAUGCCAAAUUUAUGAAUCUGAUAAUGAGAAAACUAAUGAAGUUCUCUUUGACGAAAAAGAGUUUCGAUCGGACGUUUUUCAGCGACCAUAUCAGUACCUGAGUCGAUUGCAUUUGAAAAAAAAUCUUGACAAAUUUUCAUAUACAAGUGAAGUUGUAGAGGACAAAAGUGAUUGCAUCAAUACAUUGUUAUUGUACUGUGGAAUUACUGAUCCGUCUUGGGCUCAAAUCAAACAUUUUGCUAGUUUCCUUAAUCUGCAACUAGGAUAUUGUGAAACAUCAGAAUUUUGCAAGAUGAGUGUAGACUCAAAAACAUUCGAUGUCCCAUUUCGUGGUUUGAAGUCACUAGCGAUCCGAUUUAUGAUUAAAAUGGCACAAGACCUUUCAACUCCCUCACUUACUGUGAGUGAUGAAAGCAUCCAUGAUGUCGAGACCAGUCUUGAAUUUGCUUCUCAUCAAAUUCGUCGAAAAUGGGAAGAGGAAAAUCAUCCUUUUGUAUUUUUCAACAAAGAUCAUGUAACCAUGACUUUUAUGAAUGUCAAGUGUGCCAAAAAUGGCAAUAUUUUAGAUGAAAAUGGUAUUGCAAUUCCUGAUACUGCUAAAUUGGCUCAGGAUUUGAAAAUGCAAAAUGUACCUCUGGGCGUGAGUUUUGACUCUCUCAAAAGAAUAGAGAAACUUAGAGUUCUUUGCCAAUUCAUGGGUAUUUCAAAAGUGUUUGAUCCUGAUCCCACAUAUGAGCUGACAACUGACAAUGCUUUAAAAAUGCUUGCUGUAUACAUGAGGCUUCAGUGCGACAUUCCAGUCAUAGUAAUGGGGGAAACUGGUUGUGGAAAAACAAGGAUGGUGGAGUUUAUGAGUAAAUUGAAAGCAGGUAGCCAUAAUCUACGAAAUAUGGUCACACUCAAAGUUCAUGGAGGCAUUGAAUCUGCACAUAUUUAUGAAUGUGUGAAGUCGGCGCAAAGACUUGCCGAGGAAAAUGCUGCAAUUCCUGAAGAUGAAGAUUGUGAUUUGGGUACAGUCCUAUUUUUUGAUGGAGCAAAUACUACAGAAGCUAUUUAUGCCAUCAAAGAGGUUGUAUGUGAUUUUUCCAUUGAAGGAGAAUCUUUUCGGGAUUCUAACCUAAAAAUUGUUGCUGCUUGCAAUCCCUACAAACAACUGUCAGCUGUUGCUAUUAAAAAUUUGGAGGAAUCCGGUCUUGGAUAUUGUGUAAGAGAGUCAAAAGAUACAGAAAAAGUGGGUGGUGUAUCGAUGAGAACGCUUGUGUAUAGAGUAGUAUCUUUGCCACCGAGUAUGCAACCUUUUGUUUGGGAUUUUGGACAGCUUACAGAUGACGUAGAGAGAAUUUAUGUUGCCCAAAUGAUUAGUCACUUUCGUGAAAGAUUGAAAUUGAAUCAACAAGAUAGAAAGUUGAUACAGUCGAUGAUUUGUGUUGCACAAAGGCAAGUACGCAAAAGUGGCAAAGAUGAAUGCAGAUAUGUGAGUUUGCGUGAUGUGGAGCGCUCAAUAAAAACGUUCGAAUGGUUCUACAAUAAUCAUAAAAGUAUUUUUCCUAGGAUAGAAGUUGUAAAUGGAAGACAUGAACAGCUAUCUGUUCUUGUACGAACACUUUUGCAAACUCUUAAUGUCUGCUAUCAUGCUUCUCUUACUAACAGAUGUGAGUUUCGCAACGCAAUCAGCUCAGCUUUGAAAGAAUGGGAUAUAAACUUAUCACCCAACGACAUUUAUGAAGAGUUUAUUGCUUGUCAAAUUGCGUUUUUCAACGAUCUCAAGAUGCCUGAUAACAUUGCUUGCAAUGAAGCUUUGAGAGAAAAUGUGUUUUUAAUGAUUGUUUGUGCUGAAUUGAGAAUUCCUCUAUUUCUUGUGGGGAAACCUGGAAGCUCAAAAUCACUGGCAAAAACAAUAGUCAGUGACAACAUGCAGGGUGGAAUGUCAUCAUCUCAAUUAUGCAAGAAAAUGAAACAGGUUCACAUGCUAUCAUACCAGUGCAGUGCCCUUACUGAUGCAAAUGGGAUUGAAGCAAUUUUUAAGCAGUGCACUCAACUUCAAGCCAAGCAGGAUCUGGAUAAAUAUGUUGCUGUCGUUGUUUUGGAUGAAAUUGGAUUGGCUGAAGAUUCAGCAAACAUGCCAUUAAAGGUUCUUCACCCUCUUUUGGAAUGCGGAAGCACUGACAAUAGCAGUUUAACUGAUAUCGACCCAAAAAUGAAAGUAGGAUUUAUUGGUAUUUCUAACUGGUCACUCGACCCAGCUAAAAUGAAUCGAGGUAUAUUUGUCACACGUACCAAGAUGAAAAAGGGGGAUUUGAAAGAAACAGCAAAGGGAAUUUUUGCUAACCAGACAAGUAAAAUAAAUGAGCAUGCGACACUGCUAAAUCUUCUGACUAAUCUGUACCUAGAAGUAUAUGAGAGCCAGAGGGAAGAGUAUUUUGGUCUAAGAGAUUACUACAGCCUUAUAAAAAUGAUUUAUUCAAAGUGCGUUCAAAAGAUAAAUGGAUCCUUGACCCAGCGAGAUGUUGAAGAAGCAGUUUCAAGAAAUUUUGGUGGAGGACAGACUGAUUACAAAAAAAUAUUCAGAAAAUGUAUGGAUGUAAUUUAUCCAAAAUUUCUGAGAAAUCCCAUAUCCGUUCAGGAUAUGCUUGCUCAAAACUUAAAAGAAGAAUCUAGUAGAUUUUUAUUGAUUCUCACUAAUCAGGUUUCUUCUGUUGACUUACUUAAAUUGGCAUUGAAAAACUGUCGAUUUCAAAUUGUUUUUGGAUCAACUUUUCCAAAUGAUUCCACAUACACAGAGCGUUGUAGAAAUAUUAACCGUGUCAAAGUUUGCAUGGAAAAUGGUCGAACUGUAGUUCUGCUCAAUUUGUCAGCAAUUCAUGAGUCUCUUUAUGAUGUUUUGAACCAACAGUAUGUUAGUUUACGCAAUCAAAGGUACGUUGAUCUUGGUCUUGGCGGACAUCGUGUGAAAUCUCGAAUUGCUCAAGACUUCAGGUUAAUUGUUUUGGAACAAAAAGAUAUUGCAUACACAAAAUACCCCAUCCCAUUACUCAAUAGACUAGAAAAACACCAUCUGACCGCUGCAUCAAUGAUCCAGGGUGUGCAAAAGGAAACUGUUAAAAAUAUAGAUGAGUGGGUAUGUAAGUUUACAGACAGAGAAGGAAAAUUUUCAACUACAGAUUGUUUUAUAGGCUUCCAUGAGGACACUGUGGCUUCAAUUUUGUUGUCCGGGUAUCAAAAUAUUGAAGAAUGCCAACAUGUUUUGCUGAAUUCUGCUGCUCCAGAAUCGGUGUUUCGACUACCGAAAUCGAGACUUCAAGUUGAAUGUAAAGAACUUCAAACUACAUAUCUACAGAUGCAAACACAUGAUAAUUUGUGGGAUUUGCUUUUGCAUUUGAAGAACCAUAUAAAUGAAUCUGUUGUGAAAUUAUUAGAAAUUCCAUCUUACUCUGAUAUUUUAUCAGGCAAUGAUAGGAAAGUUAUUGAAACGUAUCUAGAUCUUCCUACUAAUCAUGUCAUGCUUAUGUCUCUACAGCAAAUCAAAACUAAUCAAGAAUUCAUUAAAAAGCUUGGGGAUUUCCUUAAUCAAGCUUUGCUAGUUGAUAAAAAAUCAGAUCAACAGUCCUGCAUGGUUUUACUCAUUCAAUGUGCACAAGCUCACAAACAUGUGCAGUUGAUUGCUUGUGCAAGAUAUGGAAUUUUGAAUACAAUGCCAAAAUAUCUCGAUGAUCAAAAACAUAAAUCUGUAAUUGUGGCAUUUCUAUUGUCUACUGAUAGAACAGUCGUGCUGAACCAAAGUGAUCACUCUACAACUCGUUUGUCUUCUAUCUUGCAACCAACUUCUGACACAGAAACUGUAUUUAUUGAUGAAUUCAAACCUCAUCAAAAACGUGUGAAAAUCACUAUGGAAUUGAACCAUCUUAGCAUUUCUGAGUUACUUAGUGAUGAUAUAAAUCAUGAAAAUUACAAGCAUGUACAUAUUCCUACACUUUUGAAAGAUUGUGUCUGGCAAGCAAUGUCGAAACUUAGUGAUUCACCAGACAAUGACGACAGAUUGUAUCAUCGUAUCAAAAUACUUACAGAGUUAUUUUCUGGAAAUACUGAUUGUAGCAAAAGAUUUCUGAAUAUUUUUAUUAAAAAGUUGAACAUUAUCCUGGAUCAGAAAAACAAAGAAGAUGUAGAACAUGAGACAUGGCUUGUGAAGGAGGCAUGUGAUUUUAGAAGACUCCAGGAUGGUGGAAGUUUUGGCAAAACUUUGUGGCUUUGUUUAAAGAGACAUGUGUCCGUAGUUCUGGCAUAUAUUACAUCAAUAUUAGAUGAAGAUGACAAUUUGAAUAUUAUUGAAGAUGUGAAACUAAAAGGAAUGCAUAAUAUGUGGUUGCAAAUAUUUGAUGGUUUUGAAUUCCAUUGGCAUGAUAUACCCAAAAAUCCUGAAUUUCGAGUAUUAAAACGACAGCUUUAUAUACGUGGGGAAAUGCAAAUUCCAUUUAGUUCAAAACUUCGAAGUAUAAUGGAUAUUCAAUGGAUUAUUGCAGGUGGUAAUCGAAAAAUAUUUUUCAAUCUGUUUCGAACAUCUCAGCCAAAAAUUGCUUGUGCAAUAGGUGAAGCUUGGAUAAAAUUUAAGCAAAUGGAUUUUAUUAAGUCGUAUGCAUCAGCAUUGAUUUAUGCAGAAUAUAAAGCUGAAAAAGAAACUGAGUGCCUUGCUUCAGUUUUGUGUAAGGCUGCAUUUCAAAAAUUAGAGAGAUUAAAGGAAAAGCAUGAAUUUGCAAAUGAAGAUGCUUUAUCAAUAAUUUUUCAUUUAUCUAAGAAGUAUUCCAAACACCUUCAGAUAAUACUGGAUAUUCUCAAAAUGAAUACAGAACUUUCAAUAGAAUAUGACGAGUGGAUCAAGGGCCAAUCUGAUUCAAAAGUUUUUAUUGUUCAUGAAUUAGCACUUGAUACUGCUAUCACAUUUUUAGACAAGGGAACAUCAUUUAAAGACGAAGAAGAAUGCAGAAAAUGGAUAAUUCUGGCUAAGAAAUUGAAACAUAUAUUUUAUAGUAGUUUCGACUUGAUUGGAAGUGAAGAAAAAAAACAAGACAUUUUCAAAAAGUGGGAAAGGCUGUCAGUUUUGAAUCUUUUACUGUUGCAUUUGCUUCCUGAUUUUUCUGAUACUUCGAAAUUUGCAAAAUAUGCAAAAGUAAUAUCUACAAGAGUUAAAAUGCUUUCUACGAGUCUCAAAAAUGGAUUUAGAAAUCAAGCUUUUUUCCGUCGUAUGCUGGCUAUUUUGAAACGUUACUACAAUAGCAUAAAAUCAAACGUAAAGAUGAACUGGAAGUCUGUUAAAUGCUGUAUUUGUAAAAAUGUUGCCUGCACAGACUUUCAGGUUCUGUCAUGUGGAGACUUUGCUGGUAGAAAAUGUAUACCAAACCAUGAGAAAUGCCCACUUUGUAUGAAAAAAAUUGAUCGCAGCUCUGAUAUCAGGCUAACAGAACUUGAACAAAGAGAAGUUGAUGUCUUUCUGGCAAACUGCACAUCCUUUUUCUUGGAAUUUCUUUCUCAGUUUUGUUUUUCGGAGAAUGCUUUCGUGGUUGAUGAAGUUCAAGAUGAUGAUAUUAGAGUCCUGCUUGAAUGUAUUGUGUUCAAUUGUAAGUCUGACAAUGAAUCCAAACCCUUACUACUUCCUAAUAUUACAGCCUUAGAUAUAAAUAUUCAUUCACAAAGUGCAAUUUUGACAAUGAUAAUUAUGAAACAUGAUAAACUUGUUGAAAAAAUGAUAAAUGAAUGGAUUUCAAAUUACAACCCGGCAACAUGUGAAAAAACUAUGACUGUGUUGAUGAGAUCAUUAGAACAAAAGUCUCUGAAAAGCAUUAGAUCAUACAAAGCAUAUGAAAAAAUUCUCAAGAAUGUCAGAACUCAGUUUGCAGAAUCUCUAAUAACAUCAUCACCCACAGCCAGUACAUUGUCCGUCAUAAGCGACAUUAGGUAUUGUUUGUGUUAUGUUGCGGCAUUCAUACAAAAUUCUUCUAUGAAUGAAGUCAAUGAAGAUGAUGACAAUGAUCUGUUAUCGUUCAUAUAUACUGCAAGAAAUUUUUGCAAUGAUGAUAAAAGUGAACAAUUAAAAGAAUAUUUAGUGAAGAUAGGCUGCCACGAAUAUGGAAUGGAGUGGUUUAACCAAUUGGUUGAAAAAAAAGCUUUCAAGGAUUUCAUUCCAUCAAGCCUUGUAAAGACUACAUCUGAACAACAUCUUGUUGAUUACUGGUCCCUACUUGGAAAGGAUUAUCUAGAGAUGAGAUCAAUACUUAACAAAAAUAACCCUACUAAAAGUGAAAUGUUUUUACCAUACUCUUUUCAACCAAAUACACCCUUUGUUGAUGUUGUAUCAAAGUUACUAGCAUUAGUGACGUUUAUUGAUGAUGAACCCAAACAUCUUGAUAACUUCAAACAUCAUAUCGCUGCACAGGGAUGUGAUACAACAUUUGACUAUCUUUUGUAUGUUUAUCAAAACAUUCGAAAAUCCUUGGCGAGGUAUAAACUUUCUCAACAAAUAACUAACAUUAUUAAAGCUUUCAACUUAUGCUUCUGGAGUAAUGAUUCAUGACUCAUGUAUGUUAAAGGACUUGAGAAUACUUAUUACAGAACCAGGUCAACUGCAAUUACUUUAUAUGCCUGGGAUGCCAGAAUCUCGGUAUUUUUCUCUCCCAUCGGAAAUUCUAGCUUUAAAUGGCAAAGAAGCCUAUCGAUG